AGAUUGACUACCAGUGGGAUUUGUUCUUGUUCAAAAUGCUUGGCAGCAUGAGCAGCCACAUCUUUGGCAUGUCGGUAGUACCUUGGAACACCACCAUAGGAGAAUCCGUCUGGGAUGGGAGCAUAUUGUAUAUCUGCAAUUAAUCCAAAUGUGAAGUCCGGUUGGGAGCUCUUGGAAGGCGGGGUGUCCAUGGAAGAGGAGACUGCCAUGAUUCUGGUAGUGACAACCUGUGAGUUUGUGGUGAAUGAUCUUGCACCACCAAUGCUCUUGUCAGGAAUGAGAAAUGCGGAUCCCAGCGAGACACCAAUACUGAAAAACCAGAAUCUUGCGAGCAAAGAACUUCUUUUACAACAACUCUGGGCCAACAUGUUGAAAUUGAAAGGUCCCGCAGCUUGUGGUGCAGACGUGCAUGCAGCAAGUAUUUCAUGGUGGGGUUGCAACGAGAGAAAGAAAGGCUGUGCUCAUGGUCAUGCAGAUUUUUCCUGGUCGCAGCGAAUGCGUCAUUGCAUAAAGCCAGCAAGCUUGACAAGACACCCGGAUUGCCAUUUCAGUUGGAGAGAAAAUAUUUGGGACAUCCGGUUUUCAGAGGAAUAACACCAAAAAUUGCUUCUGUGAAAGCUCAAAUUCAUUCGUGUGUGUGAGUGCAAAAGAUCCGUGAGCACUCACUGAAUGGCUUGAUGGGGACCUUGGCUCUGGGCAAAAUCUGGAUUCCAACGCCAUAUCGCGUCCAUCCCUACCGGUACUUACAAGGUUGGACAGUUCCUGCAUGCAUCCUGCUGUUGCUCUGUUUCUUGAUAAACAGCAAUCUACAGUACAAAGGUUAACUUAGAAGCGAGGUUAAAUGGGAGAUUGAAGGCAGAGUUUUGUAAAGAACAAAAUCUCACACAACGCAACUAUGGAAGAUCGACAUGCAUUCCACUUGCAUCAACCUGAUGCGGCCUUAGGAUCAGAAGAGGGAAGCUUAGAAGCAAGAAGAGGAUAUCAAAUGUCCGAUGAAGAAUCUGUCCUAGAAUCCCUCCCCGAAGAAAGCCACAGAUCACCCCUUGGCGGUAGCAGUAUUGGUCGCCAUCACCGCCAUGCUUCUACUACGAGACAAGACGAGCACCCCGUCCGUCCCAGUUCCUGCCCCCGCGAGCUUCACACCAAAGAGUCUGUAUUGGAAUACUUGCAAGAAACACGUGGAGCCGAGACGGAUGAUUGCUUCCAGGCUCAUUUGCGCAAGUCCAAAAAGCUACAGCAACAUCACAAUCACGGUCAUACUGACAACGAUGAGGACGAUGAGGACGAUGACGAGAUUCAUCAUCCAUUGCUCAGUAUCCCAUGGUAUUGUCGCCCUGUUCAACGUCAGUACUGGGAUGACCGCCAGGUAUUGCCGCAUGUCAACUGGGGAGACCUAUUCUUUGAUCUCUUUUAUGUGGCGGCCGCCUUUAACUUGGGCGUCAUGAUCCUCAGUGCACUCGAUUCGGGAGGAUAUCAAUGGCCUCGAGGAGUGGUCUACUUUAUUGGCAUCUUUGGGCCGCUCUACAAUAUGUGGGAAAAUGAUGUCAUGUACUGGGCAAGAUACACAUUGGUGGAUCAUGCCCACAGACUGUUUUCUUUGAUGCGUUUCGCGUGUGUUUGUUUGGCGGUACUAUCCAUCAAGCCAAUCAAGUUUUUGAGUGACAAGCACAGUUUUGAAACCUUGGCAUUGACAUCCGCGCUCUUUGGAGAAUCCAUGCUGCAAUUGGGACUCAAGUUGGAGCUAUACUUUUUCGCAGAGGGAGAUAGGACUGCCAUUAGAAAUCACACCCGACGAAGGAUCUUGUUCCGCUCUAUCCCGACCAGUCUGACAUAUUUGGUAGCAGCCUUUCUGGCUGGAUAUUCCUUCUUUGACGGAGAACUGGACAGUGGUGGUGGCGGUGGAUCCCAGGGACAGCAGGAGAACCAAGCCUACGAGAAUGGAUACAAUGGCAACUACGAAAACAGCAAUGACGCUUACACAUCCGAAACUGCAGAGACAUCUUAUGCAAACACGGACGACCAUCAUGACGAUGGCCACGUUAGAUUCCUGGCGGCAAGCGUAUCUACUGGUUGUGCCGAGUAUAGCAGCGGACAUCGAAUGUUGGGAGGAGAAGGAGGAGAUGGAUGCGACGGGGGGAUGGUAUGGUCCAUUGCUGACGUCCCACUGAUUUUAUGCAUGACAAUUUACAUCUUCAAUCUGGUUCACACUUUGUAUCGACAAUACGACACGGUCGGAAAUCGAGAUGCAAACGCUCAGUAUAUCCGACAACACUAUGUACCCUACAACGUCGACUUUGUCUUUCAUCGAUACGGAGAAUGGUUGAUGCUGAUGAUCGGUGAAAGCAUCCUAUCAUUGCUGAUCGUAGAGACAACCGAAACAGCCGAGUACUAUGGGAUUACGGCAAUGGGUUGCCUGACUGUCAUUAUCAUCCAAAUGAUCAUCUUCGAGUCGGAACCCAGCCACUCCAACGGACAUGCUCUUUCCAGGUCCAUGUUCACGGCAACACUCUACGGCAUGUUGAUUCAACUCUUGUCCGCGAGCUUGAUUGCGUUCGGCGUUUCCUACAAAAUCAUGUUGACCAACGUUCUGAUGCAAGUAGAAGAGGAGGAACAAGAACAUGAAGAGGGUCACCGAAUGCUUGCAGGGGGGACUAUCGACAUACCCGACAAGACUGUUGCGUCCCUGUACUGCUAUUCCCUUGCCGUGAUACUGCUGACGCUGGAAUUGAUGCUGACAACGCAGAAAUCAGUGACAAAGAGUUACGCAGUGUUGUGCCGUGACCUGGCAUUGUGUCGCUUUUGGUCCGUAAACUGGCCCCUGCUCAUAAUUUGUCUAUUCAAGGUUGUCUUGAUUGCCUACACUUUAUCGCUAAGUCAGUGGUCAUGGGCAAGUCAAACUUUGAAGGUGAACAUUAUGGGCUUCCUUAUCGUCACAAACAUGGCGACGACAAGAGUGGUUGGAUGGGGCGUUGUUCAACACGAUAACGACAUCAAGGAGAAAAUGGUGUCCAUCAAAAGCCGAGCUGUAUCGAUCAUUCUUUCAACGCGUUCCUUGCCGAAAAGGAAGAGCCGCGCAAAGACACCGGCUUCUGGCAGAUCACUGAGUUCCAGGUCACAUUCCUCAUCGACGACAGAUGAUAGGAUCUCGAUGGACGAAGCCCUGUUUGAGGCACCGAUCGAACGACUGGAGCCACCUUCGGAUCGAGCGGGUGAGAUCAAACAGUUGAACAAGUACGUCAUCUGAUCGUUGCGUUUCUACUGGAACCUGUCGCCUCUUCGAAGCAAAACACGGGUGGCGGUCUACGCAGAGUUGGGGACGUGUAUGCAGUACGAAUGCGUUGAUCGAAUGAGUCAUCCUUUAAAUUUUUAUCAGUUUGGACGUUCUCGGUUCAUCUCUGGACCGAUUGCCAUGGCGCCACUUCCAUUGAAGAGCUUCUUGCGGAAACGUGACCCAUUUUUAGACCCUUUUUGAUUCCCCUCAUAUAUUAUGCAUAUUAGUACCAUGGUCACGUCCCUUUAUGAUUCUAUUCCUUUCCUAUGGAUCUUGGCAAGCUUCACCAUUGUAUGUAAGCAUUCAGCUGUCUUGUAUGUAACCAUCAACAAGCCAAUGUAGUCAAUCUUCAGCAGAUGUACAUGUCAUACUCUAGCUUGUUGCAUCCUGGAGAGGUCGUACUCGGCAGAUUUACAGCCCCCAAAGCCUCGAACCACUAUCUUCUUUGGGUACAUAUCAACAAAUCCAUAGGUCACUCCAGGAGGUGGUGUCUCCACUGUGCCUUCCACCACGCGAAAGUGAAUGCCACUCUCUUCAUCAAUUUGAUAUCCACCUCUGUGGUCAUGUCCCGCUAGUGACAAGACUACCACAUCUUUGAAUUCUCGCAAGACUUGCAAGACUUCAUCAUAGUUCCACAUCAAAGUGACAGAGAAACAAGAUUUUGGUAGAAUGGGCUGAUGGGAGAUUAUGAUGCACAGCUCCUUGUUUUCACGUGCUUUUGUCAGGGUCUUUCUUAACCAGCGCAGCUGAGGUUCAUCCACAGCCCCGUUGAUCAUCUCAAAUCUCUCUUGAAAUUCUUCUGAUUCCUUUUUGGGGGUUUCUGGAUGGACAUCCUUGGGAUUGUUCCUGGCCAUUAUGGCUUCAGCCUUGAUUCUCUUUGGACUGUCCUUUGGGUGUCCCAGAAUUGCGAUAUCAUAUGAAUCAAUCACCACAAGCCGUAGAUUCCUUCCACUGUUGGUUAUAGCCAGGUAGGAAAAGUACCCCACAUAACUCCCUACACCAUCUUUGUCUGGCCGCUCUUGCACCAUUGGAAUGUUGAGCUUUUUUCCAAUUUGUUCCCUGCUGAGAUUGUAGAGUUCAUGGUUGCCAUAGGUAUGCAGUAGCUUUCCACAAGUGUAGGUGGACAAAGCUUCAAGGACACGAUCUGUGCACUCCAUGCCAACAUUUACACCCUCUUCCAUGGG